AUGUGUGAGACACAUGAUCCAAAUUUCAUGGAAGACAGUCGAUCAUUAUCACAAAUAAUUCUUGAUAAGGGUUGUCAACUUGACAUGGAGAAAUUAAAUAUUAUGUGUUCACUUUGCGAGUGGAGUGGUAUACUUCAGAACUAUCAAAAACAUUUAGAUACAGUUCAUUUGAAUCCUGUCUGUGAAUAUUGUAGUAAAGAGUUCAAAACAGUUGAUGAUUUAAACCAACAUAUAUCUAUUUGUGAGAAACUCAUUGUCAAUUGUCUUCUCCAACGAUAUGGCUGUACUGAACAGUUCCUUCGUGUGAACACACGAAGCCAUUUUCUAAGCGAACAACAUCAAAGUGUUUUACUUCAAUAUCUUUUUAAAUAUAGGCAACAUUUAAUCAAUGAUCAAUCAGACAUGUCUUCUCAUACAACAAUAACUACCAAUAGAGAAACUAAGGAGAUUUCUCAUGCAAAUUUUAAACCAUUAUUUGAAACAGCGGAUAUUCUACUGGGUGGGAUACAAUCGUUAAAUGAUGACAUUCAACAUGUUAGUUCAGAGUUACUUCAUCAUCAAAAUUCAAUACGAUACUUGUCCGAUGACUUAUCAAAAAUGAAAAUCGCUAUCGAAGAAACACAUUCAUCAAUAGAUGCUCAAACAACCAAUCAACAAAUAUUUGAAGAAAGUAUCAAUUCACUUCAACAACAGCUUGAUGAUUUCAAGAAUAUUUUUACUGAUGGCACACUGAUAUGGAGAAUUGCAAAUGUUCAACAUAAAAUAGUUGAUGCUGAAUGUGAACGGCAGAUAUCUAUUUAUUCUCCUGUAUUCUAUUCAUCACCGAAUGGUUAUAAGAUGCGACUUCGUCUAUAUUUGGCCGGAGAUGGUAAUGCUCGACGCACUCAUAUGUCUCUUUUCUUUGUACUGAUGCGUGGCGAAUAUGAUUCGGUGCUUCAAUUUCCUUUCAGUUAUAAAGUAACAUUUUGUCUCCUUGAUCAAACUUCUCAACAACGACAUAUUAUCGAUUCAUUUCGACCUGAUGUGAAAUCAAGCAGUUUUCAAAGGCCUUGUUCAGAUAUGAAUAUCGCUUUUGGUAUACCUAAAUUUGUGCCUCUAACGAUAAUACAACAGGAUAAUAAUCCCUAUGUUCGUGAUAAUACUAUGUUUAUCAAAGUCAUAGUUGAUUUUGGUGAGUUGCCAAAGUCCUUGGUACCAUAUACAUUAAGUCUCAAUCCUGGUUUACCAAUUCUAAUUCAACAAGAGUGGAUCAGACGCGAAUUUGAAAAACGAGCACAAGAAAAAUUAGUAAAUACAACUGAAACAUCUACAUUCAGCAAUCAGAAUGUCAGAACUGAGGUGAACGGCAACCAUGAUGAACAGAUGAUGCAAUAA